AGCGCGAGCAAAGCGACGCAUCCGCAUCCGCACCCGAUCUCCUUUUUUAUAUAAAUUAAAUUAACCUUUUUAAUAUAUAUUCUUCUCUCAUACUUCUCUUCUUCUUCUCUCAAACCCGAGUCUUGUCUGAAGAAAGCAGAAUCAAUCCAUGUCUUUCCGAGGACUUAGCAAGCCAAAUGCAACAUCCGGAAUGGGAGUUGCGGAUCAGAGCAAGACCACAUACCACGAGCUCCAGAGGAAGAAGACUCACCGCUACGUCGUCUUCAAGAUCGAUGAGCUCAAAAACCAAGUGGUGGUUGAGAAAACAGGAAACCCGGCAGAGAGCUACGACGACUUCUUGGCUUCUCUCCCCGACAAUGAUUGCAGAUACGCUGUUUACGACUUUGAUUUCGUCACCUCUGAGAAUUGCCAGAAGAGCAAAAUCUUCUUCGUCGCAUGGUCUCCAUCGACUUCUAGAAUAAGGGCGAAGAUGCUUUACGCGACAUCUAAAGAGAGGUUUAGGAGAGAGCUUCAAGGGAUUCACUACGAGAUUCAAGCUACUGAUCCUACUGAGGUUGAUCUUGAUGUCCUUCGCGAACGAGCCAACUGAGGGAUAUAUUUGUUCUCUGUUUAAGAAAAAAAUACUUUUAUGGUGUUAUGUAAUGAAAAUAAUCAUUCGGAUUUCUCGUAUUUCUCGUGGGUGCAUUUGUGUAACCACAGUUUCUUGUUCUAUGGACAAGUGUAUUAUUAAACUCCAGUUGAUGUUUCGGAUUACUCAUCUAUAAACAAGCCUCUUUGUAA